AUGGCAGCCGCACUCUCAAGCCCGGGCGGCCCCGCGGCCAGCUCGCCGCCCGACCAGGCAUGGCACAUGGUGCCGCCGCCGCCGGCGCCGAUCGCUUUGGGCGGCGGCGAUAUGGGCUUGGACGACGCCAGCCCGCGGGUGCAGCGCGGAGUCCUCAAGUUGACGCCCACGCCGCCGUCCACCUUAACUGCAACCGACGCCCCAGACGCAGCGGCCAUGGCGGCGCCGGCGCCGCCGCUGCCCGCGCCUCUGUCCCCGCCGCGGCCUGCGGCAGGCAAAGCCGACGCGUGGGCGGCGCCGUGGCAGCUGGUGCAGUCGGGAGUGAGCGAGGCGGGGACGCAUGGCGAGCUCUUGCGGUCGGUGCAGCAGCAGCCUCGGCAGCAGCAGCAGCAGCAGCAGCAGCAGCAGCAGCAGCAGCAGCAGCAGCAGCAGCAGCAGCAGCAGCAGCAGCAGCAGCGCCCGCCGGUAGCCAUGGUGGCCCAGAGCCUCGUCUUGCGUGAGAGCGAGCUCGUGGACUUGAGUCUAUCAUUAGCGCACCACCACCAGCAACCACCCCAAUCUGCCGCCGCAGCCGCGCCGCCGUGGCGGUCGCUGCCGCCGGCCGCUGCUAACGCCGUGCAGCGUGCAGCGACGGCCCUGAGCGACUCCCACUAUUUCAGGUCGUCCGGCUGGCCGGGCGCGGGCGGCGGCAGCGGCAGCGGCGGCGGCACAGGCCACGGCAGUGGCGGCGGGGGCGGCGGUGGGCCAGCGGGCGGCGUCGCGAGCAGCAGCCUGUUUUUGGGUCUCGACCGCCAGCGCGUUCAGGCGCCGCCGCCGGUGGCGCAGCAGGUGCAGGAGCGGCUGAUGGGCGGCCUGGCCGCCGCGCGCGCCGGCGCCGCGGCAGGCGCGGGGCGCUUCAUGUCAGCCCUUGGCUCAGGGGACUCUGAGCCCGAGCUCGUGAUCGUGGAGCGCACCCCAGACCUGCCGCCAACCUGGGAGGCCGCCGAGGCGGCGCAGUACGGCGGGCUGCUGUACCUCGGCGGUCGCGACAGCCACGGCCGCCCCGUCGCCGUCGUCGACCCCGAGGCGCUGCCGUCGGGCGCCGCGCCCGCGCGCGACGCCGCGCUGACAUUCCUCGUCCGCCGCCUGCUGUUCCUCGCCGCCCGCGGGCCGUACGUGCUCGUCCUCGCGUCGCUGCCGCCGCGGCCCGGCGCGCCGCGCCGCGCCGGGCCGCUGCCCGGCGCGUGGUGCGUGCGCGCGCUGCAGUCGCUGCCGCGGCCGCUGCGCAAGAACGUGAAGCACGUGGUCGCGGUCGCGCCGUCGCUCGGCGCGCGCGCGACGCUGGCGCUGCUGCGGCCGUUUGUGACCGCCAAGGGGUACGCCAAGCUGCGGCAGGCGGAGUCGCUGCUCGACGUCGACGCGGCCACCAGCGGGGAGGUACAGGUGGCGCACCUGGGGCCCGAGUUCCUGGCCGCGCUGCGGCGCGCGCUCUGA